AACUUACAAAAGAAAAAAAAAAGAAAAAGAAAAAAGAAAAGAUAAAGCCUAUAAAUUCGUCUCAAACCCAACUUGGGUCUCUUCUUCGUCGUGGCAGUACUUUUUUUUUUUUUUUUGCUUUCUUCGAUCGGAGGAUUCCUCCCAGGCGUUCUACUGUAGAAUUAUUGCGCAAAAUUUGAAGAUGAAUCACUUUAAUCUUCAGAAGAACGCCGUUGCCUCCUGUGAUGAGAGUAGAGGCUUGGUUUCAAUUUAUGAUCCCAAGGGUCCUGUUGUUUGCCCCAAACCUCGGCGAGUAGGAAUUCUGGCUAACAAUCCUAUCAGGCCUUUAAGAUGGCACAUGAGUCAUCAAGCUGAAAUUUACGAGUCAAAAGCUGGGGCGGAUCUUCUGGACAUUAUUCUCAUGAAGGAGGGUCAUGCGGUAGAGUCUGCAACACAGGUAGCCUCGUCACCUCCAUUUUUUUCUGGGUCCCCUCCUACCAGGGCCACUAACCCAUUAAUUCAAGAUGCUCGAUUUGGAGAUGAAAAACUAACACCAAUCCCACCACUGUCGAUUCCAACACCUUCGGGUUUGUCGUCUCCAACACCAUCUUCACGCAAAGGAGGGUGCGUGAGGAUGAAUUAUGGGCUUAAACCAGCUGCAGUUAGAGUAGAAGGAUUUGAUUGCCUCAACAGGGAUCGCCAAAAUUCUAGCAUCCCUGCUAUGGCUUAGAACUCAUAAAAUCAAGUGUAUAUAGAAGGAAGCUAAACACCACCAGUCACAAACACAGCAAACUUAACAAGAAGAGGGAGUUUUGAAUCUUUUCGAAGAGAGUCAAGGAAGUGGUACAAGUAGUGUGUAUAUAUGAUAUGUUUUUGCUGGCGAUAAUCUUACUAAUAUCUCUGUAAGUAGUUUGUUGAAGAAAAAGAAGUGGAAUGGAAGGGCAAACCUUGUAUUCUUUAGAGAGGUUUUAAUAUGUUUGAGGAGCUUGUCUCUUUUGUUAUGUAAGAUAAGAGAGUUAGUAUUUGGGAGGGUCUUUUGGUUUCAUUUGGUGAUCACCAUGGAAAAAUUUGUGUAUAGUGCCAAUUGGUGAUUGAAUUUUGGUCAUUUACUUUGUAAAUGUAAUUCAGCAAUUGUUAAUGGCUUGGUCCUCUGUUACAUA